AUGUCGCGCAUUGAAGAACUUCCAGAUGACUUUGAUGAGUCGCUCAAUCUCAACAAGGCCCCUCCCGAGGUCGCCCAGGGCCUACCCCAGCCCGGGUUUGACGCCUUCGCUCCUACCAACGAAAUUCCCUUCCCGAUCAACGAGGAGGCAUUGAAGGCGCGCCAGACCGACCCCAAUGCACCUGAACUGCCGCCGGCUAUUGCGGCCAUUCAGUCGCAUACCUCAGAGGAGUUGAUGGCAAUGAUGAAUAAGACUCCUCUGUUCAUGACCGAUAUUGAGAAUGCGGGUGAUGAGAAGGGUGAAAAUGUCCUCCUAGAUGCCCUCCAGGCUCUGCAGAACGAAGGUACCAGAGGUGAGGUUGCGAAUACCUUUAAGGGACAAGGCAAUGAAGCUGUACAGGAACUCAAGUGGAUCGACGCCAAAGAGUUCUACACAAAGGCUAUUGCCGUCAUUAACGCCAAGGAGGAUAAGUGGGAGGUGCCUGAAGAUCCCGAGGAAGAGGCGGCGCUGUUGCGCAAAUUGGAGGAGGCGUCGCACAUCAACCGGGCAUUGUGCAACUUGGAGCUAGGAAACUACCGUUCUUGUACUCUCGACUGUGCAGCCGCCCUCAAGUUCAACCCUAAAAAUGUGAAGGCCUUCUACCGAUCCUCCUUGGCACUGUUCAAGUUGGACAAAGUUGCCGAGGCUGAAGAUGCUGCAGCCCGAGGAUUAGCAAUUGACCCAGAAAGCAAAGCUCUCAAAGAAUCUGCCAAAAAGAUUGCCGAGCGCAAGGCCCUUUUGGAACGUGCUGCCGCGAGAAAGCAGGCCGAAGAAGAAAAGGUGCGCAAGCAGAAGAUGGUCCUCAGCACCGCCCUGCGCGCCCGUCAGAUCAGAACCCGCAAAACCGAUCAGCCUCCGGAUAUGGAAGAUGCCAAGAUCCGUCUUGUCCCUGAUCCUCUCUCGCCGGAGAGCACGAUCGAGUUCCCGACCGUUUUCCUUUACCCCAUGGAAGCCCAGUCAGACUUUAUCAAAUCGUUUUCUGAGAUGAACGCUAUCGAGGAUCACUUGAGUUACAUAUUCCCUCUUCCUUGGGACACCAAGAAGGAAUACACCGUUGAAGGUGUUGAAUGCUUCAUGCAGACUGUCUCUGGUGGUUUGAUCAAGGCUGGCAAGAAGUUGCCUUUGUUACAAAUUCUCUCUGGUGGUAAGGUCGAGGUUGUGGAUGAGCUUGUCAGCAUCCAUGUCGUUCCACUUUCCAAGACCGGUAAAUACAUUGCAGAGAUGAAGGCUCGGAAGACUGGCUGA